UGCGCCGGCGCGACCAAGAUGGCGGCGCUCAGCGGUGGCGGGACGCGAUGGCGGCGGGGCUGGCUGCCCGCCCUGCAGCUGCUGCGGCACGGCUCCAAGGCGGUGACGCGGCACUGGAAGGCCAUGCACUUCCAGCGGCAGAAGCUGCUGGCCCUGACCGAGUACCUGCCCCCGCGGCCCGCCCCGCCGCCCCGCUGCCUGCCCCGGCCGGUGCCACGACAGCAGCAGGAGGACGGCUACGCCCGCGUGCUGCGUGCCCAGCUGGAGGCCACGCUCCGUGCCAGCCGCAUGGUGGCCGUGUGCCAGUACAACGCCAUGGCCGACGAGGACGUGGCCACGCUGCGGCACUUCCUGCGCCGCCACGACAUCCACGUCAAGUUCGUGCUCAACGAGGUGGCCCGGCCGGUGCUGGCGCAGUCCAAGCUCAGGAAUUUGCUGCCGCUGUUCGUGUGCAGGAACAUCCUGCUGGUGAGCCCGGAGCCGCGGGCCAGGGAGAUGCUGAGAGUGCUCAAGGGGGUGCCCCAGGUCAUCCUGCUGGGCGCCUGCAUCGACGACACCAUCCUGAGCCGGCAGGGCGUGGAGAGCGUGGCGCGGCUGCCGCCGCUGGAGCUGUGCCGGGGCCAGACGGCGGCGGCGCUGUCCGCGCUGCCCGCGCAGACCUGCUCCCUGCUGCAGCGCGGCCCCGCGCACCUCGCCGCGCUCCUGGAGCAGCACCUCCGGCAGCUGCGGGGCGCGGGCGGGGCCGCGGAGCCAGCCCCGGGCCCGGGGAAACAGUGACACCGGGCACCGGGACCGGCUC